CAGAAUUGCUGUUAAUGUGCACUAGCUUAUACUAAUGGCAUAUUUAACCGCCGACUCCCGCCGCUUCUCCGCCAACGACAAUGACGACAUCUACUCUGCCGCCGGAAGGGGAGCGGCGGAAGGAGAGUCGAGCUUCCACGGCGGCGAGCAGAGAACCGGACAGAGAAACGGGAGUGCCGUUGAAGUUACUGUUCCGAGUUGCCUCAAUCGCCGGCGGGAUCCAAUUCGGGUUGGCUCUACAGCUGUCUCUGCUCACGCCGUACGUGCAGGAGCUCGGAAUCCCUCACGCUUGGGCCAGCAUGAUCUGGCUUUGCAGCCCGGUGUGCGGCCUCUUCGUUCAGCCGCUGGUCGGACUCAUCAGUGACCGGUGCAGGAGCCGAUUCGGUAGUUCCAAAUUAGAGAAGGAUCAUCGAAGGAAUCGCGUAGCAAAUGCAUACUUCUCAUUGUUUAUGGCUGCUGGGAACAUACUAGGUUGUGCAACUGGAUCUUUCAGUGGCUGGUAUAAGAUGUUUCCUUUCAUCUUAAGUGAUGCUUGCGCCGUCAACUGUGCAAACCUUAAGACAGCUUUCCUUCUUGACAUUGUUUUCAUUGCAAUCGCAACAUAUAUAAGCUUAUCAGCAGUCAAAGAGCAUUCCUAUUGUAAUGAAGAUAGUGAACAGUCCUCCCACCAUGGCCAGGAAGAACCUUUUCUGUGGGAACUGUUUGGAACAUUUAAAUACUUUCCGGGUACGGUUUGGGUUGUUCUGCUAGUCACUACCCUGACUUGGAUUGCCUGGUUCCCAUUCACCCUCUAUGAUACCGAUUGGGUGGGUCGUGAAAUAUAUGGGGUGUUUGUGGAAAAGCUCUGUGCAAAACGGGGGCCUGGUUUUGCUUGGGGAGUAUCUAACAUUGUCUUGUCUCUGUGCUUCGUAGCAAUGCUUGUAAUCACUGCCAUCAGAAACCACAUGGAUAUUGGCAGUGAUGAUCCUCCUCCAAAUGCCAUUAUUAUUGCUGUGUUGUUAGUUUUCACUAUUCUUGGGGUGCCUCUAUCUACAACUUACAGUGUUCCAUAUGCAUUGAUUUCGUCACAUAUUGAGAACUUGGGGCUUGGCCAAGGACUAUCAAUGGGGGUACUGAAUCUCGCAAUCGUUAUACCCCAGAUAUUGGUUUCACUUGGGAGCGAAGGCUGGGAUGAGCUAUUUGGUGGAGGCAAUUCCCCUGUUUUUUUUGUGGCAGCAAUUUCGGCAUUUGCGGCUGGACUUGUGGCCACCUUGGCUAUUCCUCGAGCCAGAGUCCAUAAACCGAACCACCUUCCUGUUGGAAGCUGUCACCUAGCGUUUGCAGAUCUGGAUCGUUGGAUUGUGGAGAAAGAGAAGUGUAGCGCCGCCUGUUCGAGAAGGGGAGAUCUGCGCAGGUGUUCGCCACCAUCAGCGAGCCGCCGCUGCAUCCCUUCUAGCGCCGUUGUCGACCUCUUGGAUCGCGAGGCCGUGCAGAAGGCAGUCCAGCCGCAGAGCCGCCGCCAGGUUGAGAAGCCGCCGCGAAGCCACGCCGUUUCAGAUUGCGCUGCUGCCGUCAGAUCAGAUCGUCGCCGCUGGGUCUUGCCGCCGUCGCCGCAAGGAUCGUCGCCGUCGUUUGCGCACAGACCGCUGCACGCAGGAGCAGUGGCAGAAGGAGUCGCCGCCUCGUUUGAGAUGGCAGAAGACGGGAAGUUCCGAAUUGAGAAGUUCGAUGGUAAAGAUUUCAGUUGGUGGAAGAUGCAAAUUGAAGAUUUGCUGGUUCAGAAAGAUUUAGACGUGGUAUUGGGUGACAAGCCAGAAAAGAUGUCGGAUGCAGAUUGGGCAGGUUUGGAUCGGAAAGCAAUGUCUGUAAUCCGUCUCUCAUUGACCAAGAAUGUUGCGUUCAACAUUCUGAAGGAGAAGACAGCGAAGGGAAUUAUGGACGCACUGUCUAACAUGUACGAGAAGCCAUCUGCAGCGAACAAAGUUUUUCUGAUAAGAGAGCUGGUGAACACAAAAAUGAAAGAAGGCACUUCAGUUACCGAGCAUAUCAACAAGUUGAAUUCGAUAUUAGCCAGACUUUUGUCAGUGGGCAUUAAGUUCGAUGAUGAAGUUCAAGCUUUACUACUGCUAUCGUCUUUACCUGAUAGUUGGUCCGGAACGGUUACAACAAUUACCGGUUCAGUGGGACCCGAUGGAUUCACCUUUGAUCAAAUUCGAGAUCUCGUUCUUGGCGAGGAUGUUAGAAGAAAGAGUUCAGGGGAGUCAUCUGGUGAAUUGCUUCAUGUUGGUAGAUGCAGAAGAUAUAGCAGAGUCAGAGAUGGGCAGUGGAAGGUCGUGAAGGGAAAUCUUGUCAUGGCCCGUGGAAGGAAGAGAGGUUCGUUGUAUAUGGUCGAGUUACCAUAUGAGGGAGUGACCGUCCCAGUUCAGAAGAAAAAUGAAGUCCGGUUCACAGAGUCUCGUGGGCAGAAUAAGGUUGUCUGUGCAAGAGAGAAACCUAGAGCCACUGGUCAGACUCAGGAUGAACGAGCGUGGAAAGGUUCAAGGGGGCCAGUCAGAGGUAUUUGUGGCAGUGGGAGCUCAAGAGGCGCUUCAGCCAAGUUGCCCAGAAGACAGUGGGUCAGGAGAACCAGUAUUCCAGCUGUUGGAACAUCUCCAGAAAAUUUCUUUCUGAGUAUGGAGAGUGUUUGUUCUCAGGAUGUUCCAGGAUCCGGCAGUUUGCGUCUGCAGUGGGAGCCGGUAGGGACCGAGGACGAGUCAGGGGCAGAUUUUGCUGUGACUGAUGUGUUGGAGCUUGGGAGAGCUUCAACGGGCCUUUCAGUUGUCUGAUGAUAGGGCCGGUGCAAUAGGAGAGCUGAGGAAGAUUACUCGAUGUACAGGGAAUCAUGGUGGAUGGCAGUUGAUGACUAUCAAGCCUCCAAGUGGGAGAAUGUUGGGUUUGUGGAGGCUUGGGCUUGACUUUUGGCCCGACCCAUGUUACGAAACCCUAGAUGCACUCUUCCUAUAUAUAUAUUGCAUAUUUGUACUUGUAAUCGGCACCACAAGUGAAAUAAGAAAAUCCUCCUGUU